AUGAAGAAGAAGCGUCUCCUUGUGUCCAACGGCCGUGCUUUCGACGAGCUCCUUCUUGCUUUGAAGAACUUUGUCUCCUGGACGACGCUGCGAGGACCAGAGGUGAAGAAUCCGUCUCGAAAUCUGCUUCACUGCGAGAACGUGGUCGUGACGGCGACGAACUUCCGGCGAGUCGAGGCUUUCUGCUGGGUGGCGCUGCAGACAUGCCUGGGCCGCGACUUCGUCGUGAUGCUCAGGAAGAGGAACAACAGGGUCUCGAGGAACCACUUCUUCGGCGCCGUGCUUCUCAUCGGGUUGAGCGAGGAGGCGCUACGCUUCCUGUACCGGUUCGAACUGCGCGGCGCCGAACACCGGCUCUCGUGGUCAGCCAGGACCCGGAACCUGCACUCGCAGACCGAGACCGACAGGAGCGGAGGUGGCCUGGUGUUGGACAUGAGCACGGCCGAGCGCCUCUGCAAUGGCGCCGACCUCAUCAUGGACGUCACCGUCAGCGUCGCCCCGUCCUUGAGCGGUGAUAACGUGCUGUAA